AUGGUCACCACCACUCAAGACCGGGCCUUGGGUGCCAUCUGGGGUGUAUGCGUGGGAGACGCUCUCGGUGGACCGGUGCAGUUUAGUGAUCCCGGCACCUUCCAGCCCAUCACCGAUUUGGAGUUCGUGAAGCCAUUCAAUCAACCUUCGGGAUCUUACUCGGACGAUGGCGCAAUGACCCUCGCUCUCGCCCAGUCCUUCGUGGAUGCGGAUGGACAAUACAACCACGCCUUGUCCAUCCACUACUAUCUCGGCUGGUUCAACUAUGGACGAUUUAGUACGAUCGAUCAAGCCUGGGACCUCGGCCGAUCCACACGCGUGGCCCUGAGGUUCUGGAAGAGGCGGGGAGCCUUCCGGGACAGAGAAAUCACCCAAAUGCAGGUAAACGAGGAACUGGAUCGCGAGGAGGCUUCUGGCAAUGGAAGCUUGAUGAGAAUCUGCCCACUGGGCGUCGCCUUGUGGAAGAAUCCUCACCUCGCUAUGAAGCUUGCCCGAGACCAGAGCAUGAUUACUCACCCCUCGUUGGCCUGCUUGGACGCUUGCCAGGCAUACACCGAGCUGAUUUGUAUGGCGAUGACCGGUAGUUCGAAGGAAGAUCUCUGCCAGACGAUCGCUCGAUUUAAAUUCGAGCACCCCGCGCUCGUUUCUCGCCUCGGUCAGUAUGCCUCUCUUCAAGACUGGAGAGCCAAAUCCCCCGCCGAGAUGAAAAGCAGUGGUUGGGUGGUCGAUACACUGGAGGUGGCCCUUUGGGGUCUCUUCAAAUACGAGUCUUGGGAAGAGGGUGCCUUGGCGGUGGUGAACCUCGGCGGAGAUUCGGACACGGCGGGGGCCGUGUAUGGCGGUCUGGCGGGUGUGAUGUACGGCUACGAGUCCAUCCCCGGCCAAUGGGUGCGCGGUAUGCAGAAUGGAAGCUUUAUUCGUGAUGUGGCCGGGGAGUUCGCUGCACUUAUUUCCUCCCAAUAG